CCGCUGAUUGCUCGGCUCCGAACCGGAAGUGACGCAGGGUACGCGGUGUUUGUGGUUCCUGGAAGUUCGGGGUUCGGGCUGCGGUAUCGGGGCGCCCAGCGUGACGUCACCCCCACCCCGACAUGUAACGGGAUGUCGCUGCUAUUCCCGGCCGCGGAGAUGAACGGCCCCGGGGAAGGAGAGGUGGAUUAUAAACGGAAAUAAAACCUGAAACGGAAACUGAAAUUCCUCAUCUAUGAGCAGGAAUGUUUUCAGGAGGAGCUAAGGAGAGCUCAACGGAAACUUCUCAAAUUAUCCAGAGAUAAGAGUUUCUUGUUGGACAGAAUCCUGCUGUACGAGAAUGUUGAUGACGAUUCAUCAGACUCCGAUGUCACCGCUUCUUCUGAAAACAGUGAUACAGAGGGAGGCCGUGGGCAAAGUACACCCACUGCCAAAAGGAAACGGAGCCCUCCUCCUGGAGCAGCCUCCCCACCCCCUUCUUCUUCCACGGCCCUAUCCCUGCAUUCAUCAGGGGGCCCAUACCUUAGUGCAAUGAACUCACCCCCCUACACCCCGUUCCCCUCGGAAUACCUGGCUCCUCUCCCCAACUCCACGCCCCCCAAACCUGAGCGAGCCAAGAAAGACAGAAAGAGCCGUGGGGUUAAGUCCAAGAAGCCUAAGAUCCCGCUUGGCUCACCCACCGGCUGUAGUAGUGUGCUGCCUUUCAGUUCCCGAGCAUCUGGACUUCCAUCACUUUCCUCGUCCAACAAACUUGCCCCACCUUCCACCAUCCUCAGCACCGUACCGCAGCAGAUGUUUAGUGAUGGUGGGGAAGGUAGUGGUGAUGAAGGCCCUCUGGAUGGCGAUGAAGAGGAUGAUUUGGUUAUAGACAUUCCUGAGUAGAAUCAUGAGAAGUUUGCAGAUAUCUCAUCCCAUGAUGCAUUAAAGCAAUCCAUUCUCUUUUCCUGGGAGUCAAAACACUGAUUGAAAGGCAAACUGCUAACCGUUCAGCUACUGUUACUGAUUGAGUGGACACUUGGUUUGAGAAUGGGCUUGUGUACCCCCCC